AUGGCUGGCUUGGAUGAGCAACUACAUCAAGCUGUUCUGGCCGCUCUCACUCCAGGUCCACAUCAAUCUCAAGGUCUUCAAUUAUUACAGCAAGUACGCGAGAAUCCUACUGAAGCAUGGCAAGCUGGUUUGAUGGCUUUCUUGGCCGGUGGACCCUCUCAAGAUGGCUCUUCAAAUUGGACAUAUAAAUAUCCUGGAGAAACUCGAUUGUUUGGACUACAAUUGGUAGAUGCCAUGUUGCACUUGACUAUGAGUUCCGAACAACAAGAAUCUUCUGCCGCGCGAGAAUGUUGUCAGACCAUACGUAAUCAAUUGUGGGAUUACAUCAUUCGUGAAUUUGUUGAAGGUGCUGGAGAGAACGGUUUAGGAUAUCUUCGCAACAAACUCGUCCAGACACUUUUCCUCAUCUUUCUACAGGCGUACACAACCACUUGGCCAGACUUUCUUACUUCUUUCGCUGCCCUCUUGAGGCGUCAUCCCACUGGCACGGCCAAUCCUUCUUCAAAUCCACCUGCUCUCAAUCCUCGCACUACAGACCUCUAUUUAAGACUGCUACAUGAAAUUUCUACCGAGCUCUCCGAUUCCGUUCUGCGACUCAAUAAGCCUUACGCGAGAUUGGCAAAGGAUACCGAAAUGCGAGACGCGGUUCGAGACAGGGACGCGGCUGGAAUCGCGAAAGAAACAUUCGGAAUCGUUGCCGAAGCUUUACAAGGUUUAUCGGAGCAAGAGACUACACGUGUGGGUUUGAAGGGCAAGAUGGCAGUAGAAUGUCUGGAGAUGGGUAUCCGAGUAGUCGAAGAUUAUGUCUCAUGGAUUGAUAUCUCAUUAAUUGUGACACCUACAUGGAUCCCCUUUCUGUACCAAUCCCUUCGUCUACCUCAAGUCAACAUUCGCCUUGCUGCUGGUGACGCCUUGAUUUGCACUGUGACAAAGGGGAUGCCUGCAGUCAAUCGGCUUCAGCUUUUUGACUGGCUUAAACUCACUGACGUACUUCUCGCCCUCCAAACUGAACGCCAACAAAAACAUACUCAAGAAACUGAGUAUGAUGAGGAAGAAGAACAAUUCGGUGCGAAACUGGCGAAGAUCUUGAAUGGGAUGGGAGUCGAGUUGUGCAAAGUAUGCGAUGACAGUUCAACUCCUUUGGAUGUACGAUCAGCAGCUCUGCAGAUGGCCUCUUCACUAUUUCCACUACUUUGGAUGUUCUUCGAAGAAAAGGCACCUGCUAUUCGACUAGCAGUUAUACCUUUUGCCUCAAGUCUUUUGAACCGGUACAAAAAGGAUAAAAGGACGGCUCCAGAUUCACAUAUGUCACCAGAAAAGAGAUCUUUCUUGUCUCAACUCUUGCGACUUGUAAUCCUCACAAUGCAAUAUCCACCAGAUGAUGAUUUAGAAUGGCAUGCCCCAGUUCCUGCAGGAGAGACUGAAGACGAAGACACCACUAUCUUCCUGGAUCGCCGGAAACAGAUGAAAGUUUUAGCAGAUUCGAUCGCAUCAGUUGACGAAAGUACAUUCCAGGAAAUCACACAGGCCUUGAUUACCAAUGUAUUGGACAAAGUCAGUGGUGAAGGUCUUCAGGGACAAACACUCUCAUGGCAAGAAGCCGAAUUGUGUUUGUACAUGUUGUACAACUAUGGUGAAGCAUUAAAAGGACUCUUCACAGGUUGCAAUCCUGCAGGACCUUGGACGUACUUUACGAUUCCGGCUGAGGAAACCAAAAAAGCAAACAAGAACCGAGAUCACAAAAUCAAUUAUUCUCAGUAUCCCCUUACGAGUUUGGGCAUGAUGUUACUCAAAACUGCACAGUCUCGUAUCACACAAUUCCCUCAUCCUUCGAUUCCACUUCAAUGGUUUGAAUGUGUAGUCCGUUACCACGACUUUUUCGAAAUCUGCCCAAAUGUCAUCAGUGACAUCUUACCUGCCUUUCUCGACGAGAGGGGAGUACAUCAUCCUAACCACAGUAUACGAUCUCGAUGCGCCUAUUUGUUCUAUCGAUUCUUAUUCUUGGAGAAGCCAGCGUUCCAGAGCCACAUACCCGUCCAAACAUCCCAUUUGAUAUUGGACAAACUACAAGAUCUUAUUGUGAUUGAUGCUCAAGUCCCUCAAGAUCUUACCUCGAGUGGGGCAGUAAACGGUUCAGAGAUCCUUUCCAAAGCAGUAUUACUUCCAUCCACAUUUGAUAGUCAACUGUACCUAUUCGAAGCUAUUGGCGUACUCUUGUCAUCAUUCUCCCGCGAUCCACAAGCACAGACAAUGGGUUUGCAGCGUAUUAUAUCUCCCUUGACGAAUGGCCUGUUACUUGCGCCGCCUAAUGUGCCGGUCCAACUGGCGGACUUGACAAAAGCCCUCAAUGUGCAUCACUGCAUCAUGGCCGUUGGCGCCAUCGCCAAAGGCUUUCCAGACUUGCCUGUUCAUAGCUCUCCUCGGCCUGACGCACCUACCUUAGAGUGGCCCAUAUUGUUCAAAAACGCGACUGACGAGAUCAUUCGAGCUACAAAAGCAGCCAAUGAGAUUCGAAUAAUUCGCGAUGCAGCAAGAUCCUCGUUUCACAAGAUUGUCGCCACUAUCGGAAUCGAAGCACUUUCCCAUGUCCCAGUUUUCAUAGACUGUCUCAUGGACAAAUUGACCAUUACCGAAUUUGUGGACUUUCUACCAUUUAUCGGACAGCUCAUUCACAGAUACAAGACUGAAUUUGGCACAUUAUUGGAUAGUCUUUUGAUUCCACUUGUCUCGAAGAUCGUAGGUUUCUUGGGUCAACCAAGCACGGGAACUGAUGAUAUUAUCACCCAGUCUGAGCUCAGACGGGCCUAUUUCACUUUAAUCAAUUCAAUCAUCAGUGCAAACAUGCAUACUAUAUUCUUAUCUGAACGGAAUCUAUGUCAUCUGGAAUCAAUCUUACAGACUAUCAUUCAGCAGUUGGCUUCGGAAGAGGCGCUACUACCUGAUCUUCGUUUAGGAUUUGGUGUUUUACAUAGAAUGACAUCAACGUGGCUCAAACCAUGUCAAUCUACUGAACCUGCUCCUGUACCCGGAUUCGAACGCUUCCUCUAUGAUCACGUCAUCCCUUUGUGCUUUUCUCUUCCUAAGAAACAAAAAUUCGAUUGGAGCGAUGCUGAAUCGUACUUGAUAAUGGCAGAGGUCGCUACCUUGCUUCACGUGUUGUUGAAUACUCGUGGUGACGAGUUUGUAGAGUUUUUGACAGCAUCUUUCCUGCCAUCUAUCGCAUGCCAACCUGCAAAAAGUCAAGCUUUGAUUGCUGGGCUCAAGGAGAAUGCUAAUGGAAAACCAUCAAGGAAACCAUUGCUGGAAUUCUUUGACCGACCGACUAACAAGGCUUAA